UUAUUUAUUUAUUACUUCCAUUUUACGUUAAACCCUCCUUCGCUUCGGGUCAGUGCGCGUCUCCGCCGCAGGGGGCGCUGCGGGCGAGGACUGUAAUGCAAUGCUGAGGAAUCAGGCUGGAAUAACAACACACCGCGGCGGGACCUGAAUCUACGACAUGUCCGCAUUUUGAGUCUCUGCUAAAACCCGAGUGAGGACGUUCCGCACGAACAUAGUCGCCAUCGCGCAACGAGCGGAGACGCGCUGCUGCGCUGCGUGUUGGAACCAGGCGUGCGGAGGGAGCGGAGCGGAGCGACGCGGCGGCGGGAGCCUGUUAGCUGCACCGACACUUUGUUUCCCCCCAGUCCGCUUCUCUGCGUCGGGGUUCUGUUUCAUGUCACUGGUCCACGGCGCCGCGUGCAGACAUGGAGAGUUUGUACAAGCGGAAGAUGUUCGCGUCCAUGCGCAAAACCAAAGUGGACGCGUCGAAGAAGCGGCAGAUCGGCCUGCCCGCCUCCAUACUGGACGACAGUGACGAAGGCUCCUUCUCGUCGUCCUCCUCCUCGGGGUCUCUGUCAGACUUCCAGAGCUCCCCGGAAGACGACAGCGAGCAGGACUACCGGGAGCGGAGCGAGUCCGGGGCCACGUCCAGCGACGACAGCCGCUCCGUGACCCGCCGGAAGCGCUCGUUCCUGGGGGGAGACGACAGCUCGUCGUCGUCCAGCGCCGCGGACGACGACGAGGAGGAGGAGGACGACGGCGGCAGCCGGCCGAAGAGGACGGCGCAGCCCAAGAAACGGAGCCGGCUGCAGCGGCAGGACGAGUCGGACUCGGACCAGGCGGAGGAGAAGCGGAGGGACGAGGCGGAGAAGGCGAAGAGGAGGCAGAGGCACAACAAGCUGCUGGCGCUGUCCCGAAGGAUGAAGGCCCGCGUCCCGAACCGGAGGAGGAACCGCCUCAAGCAGGGUGCAGGGGACGAUGAAGACUCCAAAGAAGGAAAGGACAAAACCGCUGCUGCUGCUGGCGGCGACGCCGAGGACAGAGGAGAAAACGGCAGCAAGGAGGAGGCUGCAGGAGGCGACGGAGGAGGGAGAGAGGAGGACAAAGAGGAGCAGGAGGAUGAGGGGAAGAAGUAGAGGAACAGAGAAGCAGAAACAGAAAGUCACAGACGUUGUUUGAAAAAGACUCACAAUUGUGCGUUUUCCCCUGUGGAAAACAAAAACACUGAGAGCUGGUGUUCCAAUGUUAGACGUACCUUGUUCCUAUAGGAACAGACUUUGGCGAUGGAGAGGGAAUUGGGUUUCUAGCAUAUAAAAACCUUUGAUUUGUACCUAUUCUAUUUAUUUCUUCCUGUCUAACGGAGGCAUUGCUGCAUUUAAGUGCUUGUGUAUUGGACUGAAAUAAUGUCCCUAAUCAAUCAAACUUUGCUCUCUUCAUAUUUCCUUAAAUUUUUUUCCCUUCUAUCUUCCUCUCAUCUUGCCUUUCUUUACUUUUGUGUAUAUGCACAAUCGUGAGUUUAACUAAAUUUAUGAGUAAAUGUUAUCCCUGAUCAUUUAUCAUCUGAAGUUUACACUCUGGUGAAUAUCAAAGUGAGAUGUCAGCUGCUGCAAGAACAGCUGAGAGCUUAAAGGUUUCAGGCUGCUCCGUUCUAACCAAAGCAGGGAUGAGGUCUUAAACCAGAGAAAAUCACCUUCAAAACAUAUAAUCUUGUAAAAUGGCAGAGUCCCUCUAUGGGAUAAAAAUCUCUACUGGUGAACCCAAUGAUGUGACAGAUGCUGUUGAUGCAUUACCUGAAUAUUUGCAUCAGUGAAAAAAUUAUUUAGCAAAGCUACAGAAGGACACUAUGUUGUCUAUGUGCCUCUGUGUUUAACGGCAAUUAGACCCACAGUUUUAAUGUGACAGCAUGUUUGGCAUAAAGUGGUUGUAUCCUAAUACAAAGAUCUGGAGAAAUCAUUCAAUAAUGGACAUUAUAAAUGAACUAAUUUACUCCCAAUCUUUUUGAGGUUUUUGAAGACAGUUGCUACGAUUGUUAUCACACAAAUCACAGAUCUUGGAUCUGUGUUGUCACAUUCAGCCCUUGACCCAAAAAACAUUUUUAUGCACAGCAUGAAUUUUGUUCAUGGAUUUUUAUAUGGCAAGAAAGAUUGAUUUAAUUAUGUGUACAUUACUCUUUAAGAGCCUUGUGACAUUUUUAUCCAACAGCAGUAUGUUACACAGUAACAUGAGAAUACACACACAUCAUAGUUACAUUUCAGUGUUGUGUAUUUAAUUGUUCCCCAGUGUAUUUCUGGUCUCUUGUUGCUCUAUAUUGCUCUUUAGACAAAGCUUCCCUGCUGGAAAUGUCUGCUUUAUUAAUAAAGUGUCUUUUUUUGACAAGCAAA